AUGAAUGUUGGAAGUAGGAAAACUUUAAACAUGUUCAGAAACUCUCAUCGUGAUGGUAAAAAUGAAAUUGGACAGCAUGCAAGAGUUACAGCAGUUAAUUUUUGUGUAGCCGGGGAAAACUUGAACAGAUUGUUCCCACAUGCCACUAUAGGCCUUAAAACUACCGCUUCUGAAGGAAAGAAUUGGAGGCUUCUUUUAGUAUGUGAUUCGGUGGCUAAUAGGACAGUCCAUAUUUGGCUUGACUCACUCUUUAUUCAUAACGACUUAUGUCUGAAAAUCUACGUACUGUCAAUGGAAUUAUGCACUGCAAUGGGGUUGUCUCUUAUGCUCUCAAGAAAAAUAAUCUUUAUUUUCAUUCUUUACACUUUCUCAAUGGCGACAUGGGAUAAAGGAAUUUCAGGAAUCACUCUCUAUACAUAA